GAAAGUUACCUGGCAAGUCUUGAAGAAUGUGGUCGUGUUCUUGUUUGUGUCUGCGAUACACAUGAUGAACGAAAACAUGACGCUGAAUUCAUGGCCCUAAAUUGACGGGAAAAAAAGAUGAAAAAGGAUUGUGUCAAAACUGUCGUUGCAUUAUACCCGUUUAAAGCCAUCGAGGAAGGAGAUCUCUCGUUAGAAAAGGGUGAAGAAUAUGAAGUACAAGACGAUACUAGAGAACACUGGUGGAAGGUAAAGAAUAAGUACGGUGGCAUCGGAUACAUUCCUAGCAAUUAUGUUGAAGAGAAAUCGCCAAGGUCUUUAAACCAACACAGCUGGUAUGUAGGUGACAUGAGUCGUCAACGCUGUGAAAUCCUUCUGAAACGAGAAGAUAAGGAAGGAACUUUUCUUGUCCGAAACUCUUCAUCGAAAGGAAUGUUCACCUUGUCUCUUUUCACGCGAGUCUCACAGCCUCACGUGAAGCACUACCACAUCAAAACAAACGACAAAGGCGAGUUCUACUUAUCUGAGAAGCACGCCUUUGCUGCCAUUGAAGACCUUAUUUAUUACCACAAGCACAACAGUGCUGGAUUAGCCACCAGGUUAAAGCAAAAUCCUAGUAGUCCUGUAGACUGCGUUCCCAACACCACUGCACUCAGCCACGACAAAUGGGAAAUUGAUGCAUCCGAAUUAUCUCUGCUAGAAGAACUGGGAAGUGGACAGUUUGGGGUGGUGAGGAAAGGCAAAUGGAGGGGGCACAUCGAUGUUGCCGUUAAAAUGAUGAAAGAAGGAACUAUGUCUGAGGACGAUUUCAUCGAUGAAGCUAAAGUCAUGACCAAACUUCAACAUCCUCAUCUAGUACAGCUAUAUGGAGUUUGUACCAAGCAUAGACUAAUAUGUAUUGUCACGGAAUACAUGAAGCACGGCUCCCUUUUGAAGUACCUGAGGAAGAACGAAACUCGUUUGUCUGGAAAAGCAGCUUUGCUCUUGGACAUGUGUCUUCAAGUAUGCAGUGGCAUGGCCUAUCUAGAACAACAGAACUACAUCCACCGCGACCUAGCAGCGCGAAAUUGUUUGGUGGGGGAAAGAUCCGUCCUCAAAGUGGCGGAUUUUGGACUUGCCAGAUAUGUGAUAGACGAUGAAUAUACGAGCUCCGGGGGAGCAAAAUUCCCCAUAAAAUGGGCGCCUCCAGAAGUUCUAGGUUACACGAGAUUCAGCAGCAAAUCAGACGUUUGGGCCUACGGUGUCUUGAUGUGGGAAGUGUUCACUUGUGGUAAAGUUCCUUACGGCAGAGCCACUAAUGCAGAAGUAGUGGAGCAAGUGCAAAGAGGUCAAAGAUUAGACGUACCACGAGCGUGUCCUUGGGAAGUUUAUACCAUCAUGAAGUCCUGCUGGGAAGAGCUACCAGAAAACAGGCCAUCGUUUCGAGCUUUAAAGUAUGAGUUGGAAAAAAUUCUGGAAGAAUGGGACAUCAGCUGAAAAGGACUGGUUUUCUACUGGUGGGAUCAAAGUACGUCCUCUUAAAGACAGUUGUAGUGUCACUGAAUAAGCUGAGGAUACGAAUGAUAAAGUUAGUAAUCAUUCGUGAGCAAAUUAGAGCACUCGUUGAGAUGUCUACUGCAAGAAAUGAAGCUGGCUACCGUGGUGUAACUAUGAUAUGGCAGCUUUAAAUGGAAUCAACUGCAAUGAAAUGAUGCAAAAUUAAAUCAACCGGCUGUGAUUACGAGUCCAAAAUGUGUCUUCGUUCAAGAAAUUUACGCAUUAACCAAAAUCUUUAUAAGUAAUUCCCUCAGAAAAAUUUAAUGCGUACUUUCAAUAUCAUCAUCUGGACUCUUUCCAUGAAUGAGCUAGAAGUCAUAACUUGUUGAAGGUCAGUUCACUGUCAAAUGUGGUAUAUAUAGUAGCUCUGAAAUUUUUUGAGACGAUAUAUUUUCCUGUUCUAAGUUUUUCUGCAAGGUAAAUUUCUUAUUUAUGUAGAUUAGUAAUUUGUGGCUACAGCCAUUCUACAUGUGCGCAACUAAUGAUGUGUGUGAAAAUUGUUAAUUAAACAAACACAAAUUUAAAUUUGAAAAGUUGAGAACAAAAGUUUUGAGACUAUUCAGUUUUUCUUUACUUUUAAUAAAAUUAAUCAUCUUAAUGUAGCUUUUGAGAGGUGUAGCAAAUCAUCCGUACAUGGAAUGAAUAAAAGCACUUUUAUAAGGUGGAAUUAGAGAUUUUUGCUUAUUCCAGUUGAAGAUCUUGAAAGUGCUCUGUUUUCUUUCAAUGGUCUCCCAAAUGUGUUGAAUUGAAUUGAGGUCAGGCGGCUCACCCGGUCACUCCAGUAAUUUUUUUUCUUAAGUUUAAAGUUUGUCACCAUUUUGGAGGAAUGACCGGGAUAAUUAUGCUACUAAAAUAUCCAUCCACGUGACCUUCUUUUCGAGAUUAACGCAGCUGGAGAUCUUAUAAGUAUGUUGUUGUUUUCUUACAUAUGGCCAAAAGAAAUUCAAUCCAUGGACAUUUUUCAGCCCAAUACUUAAUAGAGAAACAAAGAACAGAAAUUCCAUAAAGAAACAAGAUAACCAUAAUACGCAAACAAAGAAGAAAAUAAGGGAUGAUAAUAUUAUACAAAUGUGUAUCAUAGUAUCUUAAACUCAUAUGAACAAAAUCAAAAAUGUGAAAAAGAAUUUGAUUUUAGAAGAAGUGUAUAUAAAAUUGAAAGGUCUCUGACAUACAUGAAGUCAGUAAUAAUGUACAUUUCCUAUAAAAUAUAUUAUUUAUUAAAAUGUUUUUGACUUGC